AUGUUGGGACACGCGUUGGCACACAAGUUUUAUCGAGGACAGUUCGGCCAGCGUGGGAGUGGCAUCAAAGUAUACAAAGGAUGGUAUCUUCAAUGCGGCAGUGGUCUCGGUGGUAUCUUGAAGAUGGUGUUGCCUUUCCUUAAAUCUGCUGGAACAUCGGUGCUCAAGAUGGGUAAAAAGAUCCUACCAGGGUUGGUGAGUGAUGUGGUGGCAGGCAAACGCAAAUGUUCAGAGAGUCUGAAACAUCGUGGAACAGCUGCCCUGAUGGAUGCCUUGGAGGAACGUGAGGAGCCAAGACCACCUAAAACAUGUAAGGUCGUCCCAACCACCACCACCAGCAACCAGAAACAGCAACGCUAUCUGUUGGAUGGUGUCCCAAUGAAACUGGAAUUGCUACGAAGUCCUGAUGAGUUCUUCUUCAUGUGUGCUGCUGAUGGUGUCUACAAACUGGCCCUGCCGAAAGCCGAAUUUUAUGUUCGUCAACUCAACAUCGAUCCUGCUGUCCGAGAAACACAUGUGUCCAGUCUGAACGCAGGGGUGACUGCCAAGUAUCCCCUUUCACGUGUGCAAGUGACAGCCCAUGACAUCCCCACAGGCAGUAGAGACUUUCACAAGGAUCAGCUCAUCGGUGGCCAAUUACCAAAACACGUGGUCCUGGGACUGGUGGACAAUAGUGCCUAUGUAGGAAGCAAAGAGAAGAAUCCAUACAACUUCAAACACAACCAUGUCACCAUGAUAAAGCUGAAACUCAAUGGCCAGGAAGUCCAUGGGAUGGAAAUGAAAAGCGACUUCAGCAACAACAGUGCCAAUUUGAAACAAAUCUACAUGAAUCUGUUCCGAAACACGGGACAGCUGUGGCGACCUGAGACCUGUGAGGUGUCUGUCAAGGCCUUUGCUCAAGGUUACACCUUGUGGGUGGUGGAUCUCAAACCAGACCUUGGCGCUGAUGAAGGCAUCAGCUAUCCUCGACACAAUGGCAAGUUUGGACAAGCUCUCGAGAACCCAGUCACCCUCAUCUGCUAUGAGGAAUACGAAAAUGUUCUGGAAAUAGAUCGUUUCCGGAAUGCGAUGAUGGUAUAA